CGCAGGGAGUCUAUGAGGAGCAGGUUGUACCAGUACAUAGCCCCGAUUCUAGUCCCGGUCAACUAACUGCUUUUUACUUUAGCAUGAGUGUGGUGUCAGAUGUAGAAAUGGCACAGGAAGAGGUCUUUUCUGGCCCCAUGUCCGAGAGUAUUCCUUCCAGCGUUGCUUCAUUUGCUCAUCGAGGAAUGCGACAUGGUUCCGUAGUGAGUUUUAGCUAUCUGCGAGAAGACGACGAUUCCUUUGAACAUGCAGAAGAUGAGGAAGCCGUGGAAGACGAAGUCGGAAUUAGUCCCGAGUUCGCGGAGGGUACUGAACAUCAAUUGGAUUUUCCCGUACCGAGUAGCAAGUCGAGGAGGUCAUUGCGCUCCAGAGAUUCUAUCGAGGAGCCGUUGCUUUCCAGGCGUGACUCUGUGAAGUCCCAUGUCAGCGGACAAAAAGUGGGUGGCAGGAUUAGCCAAAAAGUCUACCUUGUCACCGAAGACUUGACAAUUGUGAUUGCUGGUUUUUCAACCCGCAUGAGUGGCUAUGCUGCCUAUCUGAUCCUGUGUAUAUUGACCUUCGGCAUCGCAUAUCUUGUCUUCCGAUGGGCGCCGAAGUUACGAUUACGGUUGGUAGGAAAACCAAGCCAGCUACGCGAAUGUCAAUGGGUGGCGAUUGAGGAUCAAUGGAACCGACUUGCAGUCCUUCCUGUUCGUAAGACACAAUAUGGACGGCCUCUGUCCACGGUAUUUGGAGCCCAGCAGCUUUUACACACAACUUCUGAACUAGAGGAAGACAAUGAUCCGAUCAUGUCGGUCUUGCGGUCUCUGGAUUACAGAUAUCUCCAAUUCUUUUACCAUCCAUUAGAGGACAAAUUUGUCCUUGUCACGUCAUGGAAAGAUCCUUUAUGGACAAACGUAAAGGUUAUGCGAAACGGCUUGGAUGCCGAUGAGCGGGAUAGCAGGGAACAAGUUUUCGGCCAGAACUUGAUUGGCAUCGAGGAGAAAUCGGUUGCUCAACUCCUUGUCGACGAAGCUUUCCAUCCAUUUUAUGUUUUUCAAAUUGCUAGUCUCAUUCUCUGGUCUUUGGAUGAAUACUACUACUACGCAGCCUGUAUUUUCAUUGUCUCAAUCUUCAGUAUCGGUGCGACUAUAUUGGAGACACGAUCGACCAUGAACCGUCUGAGAGAGAUCUCUCACUUCGAGUGCGACGUCCGUGUGCUGCGAAAUGGCUUCUGGAGAUCGGUGUCAUCUGGAGAUCUAGUUCCGGGAGAUGUCUUCGAAGUUUCAGAUCCUUCGCUCACCGAGGUCCCAUGUGACUGCCUAUUGCUAUCUGGGGAUUGUAUAAUAAAUGAAAGCAUGCUUACAGGCGAAUCUGUUCCUGUUUCAAAGAGUCCGGUCACCGAUGAUGCUCUGGAGUAUUUUGAUUUGAACGCCACUUCCAUCCAUCCAGUUGUGGCUAAACAUUUUCUUUUUUGCGGCACCAGAAUUGUCCGAGCCCGCAGACCGCAGGGCAGUGAUGACGACGCAGUUGCACUGGCUAUUGUUAUAAGGACGGGUUUCUCCACUACGAAAGGAGCUCUAGUUCGCUCUAUGCUCUUCCCCAAGCCUUCAGGUUUCAAAUUUUACAGGGACUCCUUCCGCUAUAUUGCUGUCAUGGGCCUCAUCGCUGUACUAGGAUUCAUCGCAUCCUUUGUCAAUUUCAUUCGACUAGGUCUCUCAUGGCGUGUGAUCAUCAUUAGGGCCCUCGACUUGAUUACUAUAGUCGUACCACCUGCUCUGCCUGCGACAUUGACCAUCGGGACAAAUUUUGCACUUUCACGCCUUAAAAAACAGUCGAUAUUCUGUAUAAGCCCUCAAAGAGUAAACGUGGGAGGAAAGCUUGAUGUCGUCUGUUUUGACAAAACAGGAACAUUGACAGAAGAUGGACUAGACGUCUUAGGCGUCCGUGCAGUUACGUCAAAGUCCAGCUUCACCGAGAUUUUGUGCAGUCCCUCCCAGAUAUACCCAUCGUCUCGAAACCAGCGUGACACGGAAGUUGACUACCAUAAACGGAAACAGAUUAUAUACACGAUGGCAACUUGUCAUUCACUCAGAGUUGUGGAUGACGAGCUUCUGGGAGAUCCUCUUGAUGUCAAAAUGUUUGAAUUUACUGGCUGGUCAUAUGAAGAAGGCGGAAACGCUCGCCGUAGCCAGGAGGAUGGCGGAUAUGAUGAGACUAUAACUCCAUCUAUUGCUAAGCCACCUGCUGGAUACGACGGUGUUGAACCAAAUGAGACACCAUUGGAGCUUGGCGUCCUACGCUCGUUCGAAUUCGUCUCCCAUCUUCGCCGAACAAGCGUCAUUGUGAGGCAGUUCGGGGACUCUGGUGUAAGCGUCUUUGUAAAGGGAGCCCCGGAGUGUAUGAGAGAUAUAUGCAUACCGGAAACAAUCCCCUGUGACUUCGAUGAGGUUUUGAGCGGCUACACCCACAGGGGUUACCGCGUGAUCGCUUGCGCCGCAAAAUAUGAACGCAAGCUAAGCUGGAUGAAAGUGCAGAAGAUGUCCCGUUCCGAUGCCGAGUCUGGCCUAGAGUUUCUUGGGUUCAUUGUUUUCGAGAACAAACUGAAAUCAAACACGGCCGCUGUCAUCUCUGAGCUCAAACAGGCAAACAUCCGCAACGUAAUGUGCACAGGAGAUAAUAUUCUCACUGCGGUCAGUGUUGCUCGCGAAUGUCGUCUGAUAGAUCCAGACACGCGAUGUUAUAUUCCUCGCUUCAUUGAAGGUGACGGCCUUGAUGCCCAAGCUUCUCUCGGCUGGGAAAGCAUAGACGACCCCUCGUUUACGCUUGAUGGGCACACUCUUAUGCCUGCGACACCCAUCGACUCAUCAGUACCCUAUGUUGAUCGUAGCACGGACAAGUAUUGCGUCGCGGUUAGUGGUGAUGUAUUCAGAUGGCUAGUUGACUUCGGGAGCGAAGAACUUUUGAAAAGAGUUUUGGUGCGCGGACAAGUUUUUGCUCGGAUGUCUCCGGAUGAAAAGCACGAACUUGUCGAAAAACUUCAGUCUCUUGACUAUACUUGCGGGUUCUGUGGUGACGGGGCCAAUGAUUGCGGUGCACUAAAGGCAGCAGAUGUCGGAAUUUCACUUUCUGAUGCUGAGGCAUCUGUUGCUGCGCCAUUCACAAGCCGGGUGUUUGAUAUAUCCUGUGUCCCCAAGGUCAUAAAGGAGGGUCGCGCCGCUCUGGUGACGAGUUUCAGUUGCUUUAAGUACAUGAGUCUUUAUUCAGCUAUCCAAUUCACCUCGGUCAGCUUUCUAUAUACGUCGGCUUCCAAUCUCGGAGAUUUCCAGUUUCUUUUCAUUGAUCUCGUCCUCAUUUUACCAAUUGCAGUUUUCAUGGGUUGGACGGGGCCUUACCCGACAUUAUCUCGUAAACGUCCGACAGCCGACCUAGUCUCUCGAAAGGUUCUCACACCUCUUCUCGGCCAAAUCGUGAUUUGUGUUUUGGCUCAAUUCGCAAUAUUCAAAGCCGUUCAAUCGCAGCCAUGGUUUAUACCCCCGAAGCCUGGCCAAGACAGUCCUAGUAUCGAGAACUCGGAAGACACGGCACUCUUCCUUUUGUCAUGCUUUCAAUACAUCCUUACGAGCGUGGUCCUCAGCGUUGGCCCGCCUUUCAGACAGCCAAUCAUCUCAAACGUUCCCUUCCUCUUGACGGUCACUAUAGAUGCUCUCGUAUCAGCGUACAUGUUGUUUGGUCACGCGGAGUGGCUGACAGACAUAAUGCAGCUGACCUUUAUGUCAUUGAAGUUUAAAGGAUGUAUCCUGGCACUUGCCAUAGGCCAAUUUCUCCUCUCCUGGAUAGCAGAGAAACGGAUUUUCCCUGCUCUUGCACAGGGUCUGUGGCGUAUAUAUCUUCGCCUGCGUCCAAACUACCGGAAGCCCCGACGCCAAUACAAGGUAGUGUUGGAGCAAAUGCAAACCUGAGGCGCUGGGGAUUGAGUGGGCAUCUACAUUAUCGGAUUGCAGGAUGUCACAGAAAACAGCAGAAGUUGAAAAGGUGAUGGUCACGGGAAGCGGCCUCAGUGGUGGUGUGGUCAUUCUCCAUAGGGAGGCUGCCCCAGCGGUGUGCAAAAUAGUAUGAGCUCACAUAUCAGAAAUCA